GGAGAUUUUAAAUUUCUAUCAUUCAUAACAGCAAAUAUGCUUGAUUCCCUCAAUCAAUUUCCUGAAAUACUUAUUAUGGAUGUCACGUACAAAGUGAAUAAACAAAACUACCCCCUCCUCAACAUCCUAGUUGUCGAUAGUAAUGGCCAAGGCAGACCAGUGUUUCAUUCUUUUCUUGCGUCGGAAGACUCCACUAUCCUAUCUUCUUGUCUUUUGUUUUUUGCAAGUUCCUUUGAUUCUCAGCGCACCAAAACCAUAUUUGUUGACAAGGACAUGGCAGAAAUCUGUGCCAUCAAAUCAUCACUUCCGUUUGUUAAUAUUCGACUUUGUGCUUUCCACACGACGACUGCCGUUAAGAAGGCUUUACAACAGAAAAAGCUGUCCUCUUCUCAAAUAUCUUGUCUCAUUGAUCUGUUCAUAGAACAGAGAUCCUGCAUGGACAUGUCAAAAUACAAUGCCCUCAAAGACAAGAUUUCUGAAAUCUCACCUCCUGAUGUUUUAUCCUACUUUGUUUGUAACUGGUGGAACUGUCCCCAACUCUGGGCUGCUUCUUUCCUGGAGUCUCCAACAUUUCACAUAACAACGACAAAUCAUGCCGAAACAUUCCAUCAGAAAAUUAAGAGAGUUCUGUCCACGAAAACUCCACUGAGCAUCUCCAUCACCGAACUCCUCAGUGUUACAAAAUACACAAUGCAAUCCAGAGAUGCAUCUGCUUCCAUACAGGCAAUGUCAUUGAAGUACAAUACAAGGCAUAAUUCUGACACUAUUAAUACCAUACAGAAUGACCUCACUCCUUUUGCAGCCAAACUUGUUUCAGAACAGUUUAUUCUCUCUCAACAUACUCAUUAUGUCGCUCAGUGUUCUUUAAAUUUGCCUGAAACAUACAUUCUGUCCUCUUCAACUUCUGGCUCAUCUCAAUACAACUGUACCAUUAACUCCUGUUCUUGCGACUUCUUUAUAAAAUUCUGUUUGCCUUGUCGACACAUUUUUGCUCUUAGGUCUGAACUGUGUCUACCUCUCUAUCACUGUGGUAAUGAACGCUUUAAAAGCUCUUCUGCUGUCUGUCCAUCUCUUAGCUCCAAUGAUCACCAUAACAUAACGCAUGAAGUAUUGCCCACAAGAAAAGCCAGCAAUCCUGAAUCUCGUUACCACAUAACAAAAGGAAUCACAAAGGCUAUUGAGUCUUUCUUACCUCUGUUGGGAGAACAGGCUUUCCAAUCUGCUGUAUCUCACCUUGAAAGAGUUUUAACUCUAAUUAAAGCUGACCGACCUGUAGCGGUCAUUGAUCUUUCGCAAGGAGAUAUAACUCAGCCUCAAACUGAAAACCUUCAUGCAGGUGUCACUGCAUCUUCACCACCACCCUCUGUCUCUUCUGAUAGUAUUGAUGUUGUUGUCCUGCCAUCUGUAUCUUCACCACCACCCUCUGUCUCUUCUGAUACCAUUGAUGUUGUUGUCCUGCCAUCUGUAUCUUCACCACCACCCUCUGUCUCUUCUGAUAGCCUUGAAGUUGUUGUCCUGCCAUCACCCGCUGAUUUCUUGGUUCCUUCUUCUUCAUCUGCUGGCUCAUCCUGUGGAUUUUCCAAUGUUAAACUGUCCCUUGUGAAAACAAAAGGCAGACCUAGACAGGUACAGUCAUUCACUAGACGGUACAGGAAAAGAAAAGCAUGUCCCAAGGAUUUUCAUACUAGAUCAGAUGAGGUGAAGAAGCAGAUGCUUCUAUCUGGGUGUCUGUUGGAUGCUACCGUUCUCCCACCUUUCUCUGUUUUAAAUCUGAAGUCAACAGAAAACAUUUUUUCUGUAUGUGCCAAUGCCAAUAUUUCUUUGUGUUCUAUUCAGCCCUUAUUUACUGAAGAUGCAUGGGAAAAACUUGAGGCCAGAAUAGCAGAAAAGAAGGGCAAAGAUUUAUUUUUUUGCAAUUCGUGCUUCAUUAUGGAUGAUAGCCAGUAUAAAAUGAUAGAGUGUGAGGGUUGCCUCGAAUGGUUUCAUUACCAUUGUCUUGGCUUGAGGACAGCCUCAAAGCCAAAGAAAUGGUAUUGCGAUGAUUGCUGGCAGUGAAUGCCUUCAUUUUAAAUCGUAAUACCGGUUGUUUUAAAAAAUGCGGGCCUGCACAAAUUUUUCAGUAAAAAGUCUGUCAUAUUCAGGAGAUACCAGUAUAUUGGUUGUUCUCAAGAUAUCUGCCAAAUGAUUAUCACUCAAACAUGAGCGUUUCUUAUUAAUGUGCCUUAAUGAAAAUGUCUGUUCACAUAUAUAAAUGUUUCAAAAAUGUUUAUAUUACUUUCUGUGUACGGUAUUGCAAUAGUAUAAAUGAAUAUGCAUGGAAGUGUUAUUAAAUUACAAAAUUUUAGUUUUGCAUGCCUGCUUUAAUGUGUUCUCUGAUGUUUAUUGACGCUUUAUAGUCUCAUUGUAAUCUGUAUAUUCUGCUGGUUUAAACUUUCAUAUGAUGUAUAUGAGAUAUGGGUGUAUGUUAAUUUUUGUUUCAAUGUUUUGCCUUUUUUUACAUUGUUAAUAUUAAUAUUAUUAAGUUUUGUUAUUUCACCCAUUAAUGCUUUUUUUUUUCAUGGAAUUAUGCGUUGACUUCG